AUGAGCCCGCCUGCGCCGCUGGACAUUGAUAUGGUGGGCGUUACUGAUACCUCGGCUGUGCCCAUGCCGGACCCGUUGACCGUCAAUGGUGUUCCUGGGUGGCGCGAGAAGAUGGCGAAGAUACCCACUGGUGUUGCUGCGUCGUGCAGUAGUGAUAUGUUCAAGAGCCCGGCUUGCUAUACUAAGCCCAAGGCAAAGCGCUUCGAUCACCUGCUGUCUAUUGAGGCCAAGUCUCGCAAGGCCUCAACUCUGAAGGCUGCUGCUCAAUACCUCAAGAACCCAGGGAUCAUCUCUCUUGGCGGUGGUCUGCCCUCUGCUGAAUACUUCCCCAUUGAACAUAUCGACAUCAAGGUCCCCAAUCCCCCCGAGUUCUCCUCGGAAGCUACACGAAAGUCCGGCUCGGUUGUGCGCGCUGGAAAGCAUGAUAUCAAGGAUGGCACAAGUCUCUAUGAUCUCGAAAUUGCGCUUAACUAUGGCCAGGCGACCGGAGCUGCUCAACUACUCCGGUUCAUCACCGAGCACACUGAGAUUAUUCACAACCCCCCUUAUUCUGACUGGCAAUGUACCAUGACUUGUGGUAGCACUUAUGCUUGGGACACAGCACUUCGUGUCUUGACUGAGCGUGGUGAUUACAUUCUCAUGGAAGAGUAUACAUUUGUCAGUGCCGCCGAAACCGCAUUCCCUCUUGGUUUGAAGGCUGUCGGUAUCCCCAUUGAUGAAGAAGGUCUCAUUCCUGAGGCUAUGGAUGAGAUCCUUAGCAACUGGGACGAGAAGGCCCGGGGCGCACGCAAGCCUUAUGUCUUGUACACCAUCCCCACCGGACAAAACCCCACUGGUGCCACCCAGUCGGCUGAACGCCGCAACGCAGUCUACAAGGUUGCUCAAAAGCACGAUGUCUACAUUGUCGAGGAUGAACCCUACUAUUUCCUGCAGAUGCAGCCUUAUGAGUUCAUCAAGUCCCUUGUUCCCUCUUUCUUGAGUAUCGAUGUUGACGGUCGUGUGUGCCGAUUGGAGUCGUUCUCGAAGGUUAUUUCUCCUGGCUCCCGGGUUGGCUGGAUUGUUGCUUCGGAACAGAUGAUUGAACGUUUUAUCCGCAACUUCGAGGUCUCCUCGCAGAACCCCAGUGGUAUCUCCCAGAUUGUUCUGUUCAAACUCCUAGAUGAGCACUGGGGCCACUCUGGAUUCCUGGACUGGCUCAUCCACCUGCGCAUGCAGUACACCGACCGUCGCGAUGCGCUGCUCCACUCUUGUGAGAAGCAUCUGCCUACCGAGAUCGCCCACUGGGUACCUCCCGCGGCAGGAAUGUUCCACUGGAUUGAGGUUGAUUGGCGCAAGCACCCCGGCGUUGCGGCCGGCAAGACCCGCGAAGCCAUCGAGGAGGAAAUCUUUUUGUCUGCUGUGGAGCACCAAGUACUCUUGUCGCGGGGCAGCUGGUUCAAGGCUGACAAGUCUGCUGUCAUGGAAAAGAUGUACUUCCGCGCGACUUACGCCGCUGCGUCAUCGGAGAAGAUCGAUGAGGCUAUCGCUCGGUUUGCCAAGUGUCUGCGUGACCAGUUCGGUCUGUAA